CAAAAAUUAACAUCUAUUGAAAUGAAUAAUCAAAGUGUAGUAGUUGUUUCACCUAGUUCCCAGUGCAGCAGACUGAGAGCAUACAAAACGACAAGUCAAAUCAUUUUUGGGUGGAAUAAAUUCAGCACAGUAGCCUCUCUUCUAUUGACUAUUGCUUUCAUUGUCUGGAGUAUGGCAUUCUUUUUAUCAUUUGAAACAAGUGUAUUAAAUGGUCAUGAAGGUCAUGGAGAUCAUGGGGACCAUAAUGGACAAGUGGAUCAUGGAGACCAUGAGGACCAUAAUGGGCAUGAGGAUCAUGGAGACCAUGGUGAGCAUGAGGAUCAUCAAGACCCUGGAGAUCAUGAAGAUCAUGGAGACCAUGGUGAGCAUGAAGAUCAUGGAGACCAUGGUGAGCAUGAGGAUCAUGGAGAUCAUGGCGAGCAUGAAGAACAUGGAGAUCAUGCAGAUCAUCAAGACCCUGGAGAUCAUGAAGAUCAUGGAGACCAUGGUGAGCAUGAAGAUCAUGGAGACCAUGGUGAACAUGAAGAUCAUGGAGAUCAUGGUACGCAUGAAAAUCAUUCGAAUCAUGAAGAUAAGAAUCAUAGACUCCACGAAGAUUGACCAUUUUUCAAGUUAAAAAAUUCAAGAUUUGAAGUACUCUCUAAGAACAUCCUCAGGAUUUGAAAUCCUUUUGUGGUCGAGAUACUCCGUUGCUUCUUGAAGAGUUAUACACUGCUAGGCACGUUAAAAAAUCGUUCAAGAAGUGAAGGAAACAUGAAGUGAAUUUAAAAACUUAAAUCUCUUUUAUUUUAAAUAAGGAA